GCUGCGCGCCGAGGCGGUGGUGCAGCCUGGAGCAACCGGCAGCUACGGCGGCCGGGGACCCUGGACCCCUCCCCACGCGAGAAGGAAGGAAGGAUCAAAGCCCCUCCCCGCCAAGGAUGACACUAAACACCCAGCAAGAAGCAAAGACCCCCCUGCGUCGGCGAGCCAGCACUCCACUGCCCCUGUCCCCCCGGGGCCACCAGCCUGGCCUCCUGUGUACAGCACCUUCCACAAAAUUCCAGCAUCCCCGGCUGAGCCAGUCAGCCUCCCUCAAUCCUCCCACCCGGCAACCUUCGCCUGCCCCCAAUGGUUGGUCCUCUGAAUCCAGUGACUCUGAAGGCUCCUGGGAGGCCCUCUACCGCGUGGUACUGCUUGGAGACCCGGGCGUAGGGAAGACCAGCCUGGCCAGCCUCUUUGCAGGGAAGCAAGAGCGGGACCUCCAUGAACAGCUGGGAGAAGAUGUGUACGAGAGGACCCUCACAGUAGAUGGAGAGGACACAACGCUCGUGGUCAUGGACACCUGGGAGGCUGAGAAACGGGAUGAAAGCUGGAGCCAAGAGUCGUGCCUGCAGGUGGGCAGCGCCUAUGUCAUUGUGUACUCCAUCGCGGACAGAGGCAGCUUCGAGAGUGCCUCUGAGCUCCGCAUUCAGCUGCGGCGCACGCAUCAGGCGGACCACGUGCCCAUCAUCCUGGUGGGCAACAAGGCCGACCUGGCACGCUGCCGGGAAGUCUCCGUGGAAGAGGGCCGCGCCUGCGCGGUGGUGUUUGACUGCAAGUUCAUCGAGACGUCGGCCACGCUGCAGCACAACGUGGCCGAGCUCUUCGAGGGCGUGGUGCGCCAACUGCGCUUGCGCCGCCGAGACAGCGCGGCCCCGGAGCUGGCCGCGCCACGAAGGCGGGCAAGCCUCGGCCAGCGGGCCCGUCACUUCCUGGCCCGCCUGACGGCCCGCAGCGCCCGCCGUCGGGCACUCAAGGCCCGCUCCAAGUCCUGCCACAACCUGGCCGUGCUCUGA